UGGCAUGCAGAGUUCAAGAAACUGCUAAAGACCUUGUGUGGCUUUCUGGACAACCACAAUCAUCUGCUAGUGAUCUUCUCCUUAAGUGUUUUCACAAGUCUGUGCCUCAAUGAAAGUGAAGGCCAAAAGGUAUUUUUUGAAGGCAGUAAUGUGGAGCAGACUUUGCAGACCAUCUUUGGGAUCAUCAAGAACAGUUUUCGAACAGUGGCCUGGAAGUAUGCUGCAGACCUGUUGACAGACCUGCUGAAGCAUCCACAGAUGCAGAUUUGUAUCAGAAAGUAUCGCCAUCUACCACGAUGUGUCAAUGAUAUUCUAUCCUUACUGGCAACCAGCUCAGAAGAAAAUAUAGCUGAUAUGUUUGAACUGCUUCUCAACCUGUGUGUGAUUCCGUCGGUCCGGCAGAGUGUCAACUGUCGGCUGCUGACCCCGCUUGCCCAGAACUCUAUCUCCUCAGACCUCAUGUUGGCGGCCAUACAUGAGUCCUUGACCCCUGAUACAGAACCACUGUUGUCCUGUCUGCACUGGGCAUCGCAAAAGUUAACCUCCAGAAGUCGAACAUCAUGCCUGGCUAUUGACUUUUUGAUAGACUCCUGUCAGGACUGUAUGUGCCGAUCUGAUAAACCCUACCCUGUACAUUUGUUGACACCUGUUGUAACAUACCUGCUGUCCACACCUGAACAGACAAGCUCUGUGGAGAAAACCAUCAGACUCAUCCGUCUCCUCUCAGUACUGAGUUCAGACAGACACAGCCGGGAAUCGUUAAGUGUACAUCUCAAGACCGAUGUAUUUGUUAGCCUGGUGGAGCGACAUCUCUCACAGAGCAUUGUCUCAUAUACUGCCGCAGGAAGUUAUCUGCUAGCAGACAGUGAAACAAGAGAUGAAAGGUAUCAGUGUGUCCUGUUGCUACUAGAUCUGGCCACUAGAGUUCGGAACUAUGUGCCAGGUUUAGCUGAAUACUUGGACAGAACUCUAAAGGAGACGAGAGUGGUUGAUCUUGUGGCCUUGGGACUGACGUCUGUCAGUCAAGAGCAAGUGGAGAUGUCCUUGCAUCUGUUGUGCUUCUCUCUGGGCUUGGAUAACGCCAGACCUGACGUCAUAUUGUGUGGAUCUAUAGCCUGUCUGAACAAACAGAAACAGUCAUCAAAAAGGCUUCGGAUAGACUCCGACACACCUGGAAAAACUACACCUGGCGGAGAUCGCGUUCUGAGAAGCCAGGAGAAUUUGCCAAGCCUACAGCUUACAUCUGGUUCUGUGUUCCCUUCGGAGCAGAGGGUGAAAGCAGGGCUAGAUAAGUCUAACAAGGAUGAAACUUCUGUGGACGCUCUCAUAGAGAAGAUGGAGGGUGUUAUCGGGAACAAGGACACAAAGACGGUUGAAGUUAUAGAGGUCUUUGAGCACCACAUUAGAUCUUUGCAGAUUAAAGAAGAGCACCUGAACAAUCUUUUGGAAGCCAAGAGUCUAGCAUUAACCCAAGCAGACCGGGUCAUUGCCCAGUUGAGAGGCAGACAAGCUUCACAUGCAGCUGAGAUGAAAAAGUUGCAGAAUGUGCUGAAGGAGUCUGAGCGUAAGAUUGAACAGCUGGUCUCACAAAUGAAUGACAUGAAAAUCAGCGCGGAAACGAUGAAGUCUGAAUUUGAAUCCCAGCUGGACUGCAAAAGGGAAGAUCUAGAAGCUGUCCUCAGGGAGAGAGAUGGAGUUACAGACAAGUGUGCUGAGCUGGAAGAGAUGUUGGCCAGCAGUAGGCAGGACAGCAAGGCCUUGUCCAGCAUGAUGACCGCCUUGCAGGACGCACAUGAAGUGCUCAAGGAACAGUAUAACAUCUCUUGUAACCAGGGCAAGCAGUUGGAGGAGGAAAGAAAGACUUUGUUGAAACAGCUGAAGGAGAAGGAUGCCUCGCUGCAGAAACAAAGCAGCACUUUACAAGCCCUGCAAAACAAGUAUAAGGAAACAGAGGAAGAGAGAGCCGAGCUGGAAAAGGAGAAGGAGAACAUGGAGGCAUACGUGGACAAACUUCAGCAUCAGCUCAGCACCAGUGAGAACACAUGUCGACAGCUACAGCAGCGGGUUUCCAUACUGGAGAGUGUCAACGAAGAUUUGGAGGAGAAACUUAAGCAGAAAACAACAAAGGUUCAAGACUUGGAGGCUGAGCUGGACAAGCAUAACCAGAUUGUCUCGUUCAUCAACAACAUGCAGUUGAGGGGGGCCAGCAGCAAGAAGUAG